AUGCGCGAUUCGACGGGCUCACCAAAGGAUGUGAUGGCGCACGACAACACGCUCGCGGACGAGUCCAAGGGCGCCGACUAUCCCGACGCACCCGCGCAGUAUCUCAACGCCAUGCACGACGUUCCCGACGAGCAAGCGCUCAGCGCGGCUGCUAUCCUCAAGGGCUCGGUCGCCAACCGAAUGAACCUGUUUGAGAAGAAGGCGGCUUUGAUCAAUGCUGAGAUCGACAAGAUGGGUAUGGGCAAGUACCAGAUCUGUAUUUGGUUCUUAACAGGAUUUGGCUAUUUUUUGGAUCUCGCAUGGAGCAGGACCAUCGGUCUCGCCUCUACUGCCAUCUACCAAGAGAUGGGCAUCCCGAACAGCCGUACCGGUCUUAUCUUCACCCUCGCCAAUGUCGGUCUUGCGACUGGUGCGCUCGGCUUUGGUAUCAUCGUCGACAUCAUCGGCAGGAAGUGGGCGUUCAACAUCACCUGCUUGAUCACCUCGGUCAUUGGUCUCCUGAUGGCUGCACCCAAGUAUAACUAUGAAGCCAUCUGCGCCAUCUACCUCUUCGCUUCCAUUGGUCUCGGCGGCAACAUCCCCAUCGAUGCCCUCAUCGCACUCGAAUUCCUCCCUCAGAACAGACGCAACCUCGUCUCCCUCCUCUCCAUGUGGCAGCCCAUCGGAGUCAUCUGCGCCUGCGCUAUUGCCUACGGCACCACCGCCAAAUACCGCUGCGCCGCCGGUCUCCUCGGCUGCAACACGGUCGCAGACGGCGUCGCCUGCUGCCGAGUCGAGGACAACAUGGGCUGGCGGUACAACAUCAUCAUCAUGGGUCUCAUGACUCUCCUUAUCUUCUUCCUCCGGUACUUUGUCUUUACUUUCCACGAGUCGCCCAAGUUCCUCCUCAGCCGCGGGCGCGAGCAGGAGGCGAUUGACGUCCUCCACUCGAUCGCCAAGUUCAACAAGCAGCCCCCUCCUACCCUCACCGUGCAGCACUUCCGGGAGCUCGAGCAGGCCGAGACUACCCUCUCGGGCACGACACUCGCCGCCGAGGACCCGGUCGAGGCCGAGGUCACGGCCGCUGCGCACGCCAUGCGGGUCACUCGACGCAGUCUCGCCUCCAUCACCCAUCUCAAAGCCCUCUUCACCAACAAGCUCCAACUCUUCAUCUUUAUCCUCUUUGCCAUCACCUACAUGGGCGACUACUGGUCCUUCAACCUCGCGGGCGCCUUCCUCCCGAUCGUCCUCCUCCAAAACAACGUUUCGACCGGCCGAGGCACCGUCGUCGAGACGUAUCGUCAGUACAUCUACAUUGCCCUUCCCGGUAUCCUUGGCGCGGCACUCGCGCUGCUUUCGGUCUCCCUCCCGCUCUUUGGCAGAAAGUGGUCUUUGGUGUUCUCGGCGGCGAUGCAGGGGUUGUCAAUGGCCAUGUACACCCAGGUCAAGACGACCGUGGGAUACGUCGGCUUGAACGCGAUGGAGUACUUGAUGCAGACUUACUUCAAUGCCGUCCUCUACGCCUCUGCCCCCGAGCUCUUCGACACAGCCUACCGUGGCUCCGCUUCAGGGAUGCUCUCCUGCCUCGGUCGUCUCGCCGGUAUCGUCGCCCCCUUUGCGGGUCAGUACUAUCUCGCCAAUAACUCGGCCGGGAUCUUGUGGUUGGGUGCGGGCGGUAUCUGGCUCGCGGCGGUUGCGAUGGUGUUCUUGCCGGUGGAGAUGCGGAACAGGCAGAUGUUCUGA